GGGCGCACCAAUCACCUAAACUUUCCAAGUCCAAGUCCACCUUCCCUCUGCCCGAGUCAACACACCACUCCCGCCCGCUCUGCACCUUCCAUGUCCACCACCGCCCGCCCGCACUUAUCCCCCCGAUCAUCUUCCACCACCCGCAUGCACGCGCCACGGCCGGCCACAGCCGCAAGGCACCGCUCCACCACCACCACCACCUCAAUGGCCGUCCUCGUCACACUCCUCCUCGCCACGCUCCUCCCGCGCGCCGCCCUCGCCGCCUUCUCCCCGGACUCCUGGUUCUUCCUCGCGUGCGGCGCCAGCGCCAGCGUCGCCUUCCCGUCCGACUCCCCCAGCCGCACCUUCGUCCCGGACUCCACGUACCUCUCCAACGGGCGCGGCUCGUUCGUGGUCGCCACCUCCAACGCGGCCUCGCCUCUCUACGCCGCCGCGCGCGCCGGCACCUCCGGCUUCUCCUACCGCCUCCCCGCCCCCGCCGCGCAGGACGCGGCGGCGUUCCUCGUCCUGCGCCUCCACUUCUUCCCGGUCGCCACCCUCUCCUCCGCGCGCUUCACCGUCUCGGUCUUCGAGACAUACACCCUGCUGACCUCCUUCUCGCCGCCGACUGCCGGCGUCGUCAAGGAGUUCUUCGUCCCGCGCGGUGCCGGCGCUUUCACCAUCAAGUUCAGUCCGGAUGCCGGUUCCUCCGCGUUCGUCAACGCCGUCGAGCUGUUCCCGGCCCCAACGGAGCUGCUGUGGAACAGCUCGGUGGUGCCGGUGGGCGCCCUGUCGAGCAACGACCUGUCAUCCUGGCAGCAGGACGCGCUGGAGACGGUGUACCGCCUCAACGUCGGCGGCCCCAAGGUGACCAAGGAGAACGGCACGCUCUGGCGGACGUGGCUCCCCGACGGGCCCUUCCUCCACGGCGCCCCAGGGCAGUCGGUAGUGAACAGCACCGCUACCCGCAUCAACUACAGUGGCUACACAAGCGACCUGGCGCCGGACGUCGUGUACCAGACGCAGCGCGCGGCGAACGUGACGGCCUUCAGACGGGCGACCACCCCGGGCCUCAACUUCAAUGUCACGUGGACGUUCCCGGCGGAGCGGGGAGCGAGCUACCUCGUCCGCCUCCACUUCUGCGACUACGAGAUGCUCAGCUCCGUCAUCGGAGUAGGCAUCAAGUUCAACGUCUACGUCGCGCAGGCCAUUGGCACCAUCGACCUUUCGCCCAAGGACCUGCCCCAGGUGACCCAGUCGAACGUGGCCUUCUACUUCGAUUACGCGGCCAGGGCUCCACGCGCCGGGAACCUCACCGUCAGCAUCGGUAGGUCGCCGAAGAGUAUCGGGGCCGGCAUACUCAACGGGCUGGAGAUCAUGAAGCUGCAAGCUGCCAAUAUGAGUCCGCCGGCAGCGGUGCACAGCAGGAGGACGAAAAUAAUGAUCAUCGCGCUCUCGGUGGUGCUCGGCGCCGCGGUUCUUGGUUGCGUGCUACUCUGGUUUUUCGUCGUGCGGCCCAAGAGGCGGAGGCAGGCGGCGCUGGACGAGAAGGAGAACACGCAGAUGCCGCCGCCGCCGUGGACGCCGUACACGCCCGACAGCGCCUCCGGCUGGCCCGACCAGUCGACGAACCGCUCCAGCGAGGGCACCGGCGACAGGAUGCAGAGGGUGAGCACGAAGCUGCACGUCCCGCUGCCCGAGAUCAAGGGCGCCACGGACAACUUCCACGACCGCAACCUCAUCGGCGUCGGCGGGUUCGGGAACGUGUACAAGGGCGUGCUCCCCCGCGACGGCACCCCCGUGGCGGUGAAGCGCGCCAUGCGCGCGUCCAAGCAGGGGCUCCCGGAGUUCCAGACGGAGAUCGUGGUGCUGUCCAGCAUCCGGCACCGCCACCUGGUGUCGCUCAUCGGGUACUGCAACGAGCAGGGGGAGAUGAUCCUGGUGUACGAGUACAUGGAGAAGGGCACGCUGCGGGGCCACCUGUACGGCUCCGACGAGCCGUCGCUGUCCUGGAAGCAGCGGCUGGAGAUCUGCAUCGGCGCGGCGCGGGGGCUGCACUACCUCCACUCCGGCUACUCGGAGAACAUCAUCCACCGGGACGUCAAGUCGACCAACAUCCUCCUCGGCGCCGGCGAGGGCAGCGCCGGCGGCGUGAUCGCCAAGGUGGCCGACUUCGGGCUGUCGCGCAUCGGGCCGUCGUUCGGGGAGACGCACGUCAGCACGGCGGUGAAGGGCAGCUUCGGGUACCUGGACCCGGAGUACUUCAAGACGCAGCAGCUGACGGACCGUUCCGACGUCUACUCCUUCGGCGUCGUGCUGUUCGAGGUGCUCUGCGCGCGCCCGGUGAUCGACCAGAGCCUGGACCGCGACCAGAUCAACAUCGCCGAGUGGGCGCUGAGGAUGCACAGCGAAGGGCAGCUCGACAAGAUCGUCGACGCCAGGAUCGCCGGCGAGGUGAACGAGAACUCGCUGCGCAAGUUCGCCGAGACCGCCGAGAAGUGCCUCGAGGAGUACGGCGUCGACCGGCCGACCAUGGGCGAGGUGGUGUGGAACCUCGAGUACUGCCUGCAGCUGCAGGAGACGCAAGUCAACCGGGACGCGUUCGAGGACAGCGGCGCCGUCACCACGCAGCUCCCCGCCGACAUGGUCGUGCCGCGGUGGGUGCCUUCGUCGACCAACUUGUCCAUGGACGAAGCGGACGAGACGGUCAUGACCAUGACGGACGUCUCCGACAGCCAGGUGUUCUCUCAGCUAGACGCCCGCGGCGAGGGACGAUGAUCCAGUUCCUGCGCCGAUUGUACCAAUUGAUGUUCCUUCCACAUUCUCUGAAUCAUCUGAACAAGUAGUUCUUUCCGCGUUCUCUGAAUCA